GGCUAGCAAUUGACAACAUUCUGUGCCGUCACAUACACUAAUUCCUGAAUUGACGCGGAAAGUGAAGCUACUCAGUCAAAAUGUCGCUCUCACCCGAAUCUCGCAUCCAGUUCACUCCGAUCAUCGAUUCAAUCCUAGCUAAAAGCGAUUUGAAUACCAUAUCCGAGAAGCGCAUCCGGAAAGGCCUCCAGGAAGAGAUUGGAUAUGACCUUACCCCGCAAAAGGCUGCUGUCAAGCAGCUUAUUAUGGAACGGUUUGACAUCUUUGCGGCAAAAGGAGGCGUCGCGACUGCACCUGAACCGGCCGCGACGGCUGUUGCAACCACCAAUGGUCAUAAACCCGAUCACGAAUCCGAAACACCCCCUGCGGAAACUUCGUCUCCUUCACGCUCUUCGGUUUCUCACAAACGUCAAGCAGAUAGCGAGGAUGGUUUUGAUCUUUCGAGCAAGACUCCUCCGGCCAAGAAGAAGAAGCCCGAUAAUGACAUUGAUGCGGACGCCUUAUUCGCUGCAAAGCUACAGGCGGAGGAGAAUAUGCGCGCUCGUCAGACGCGCGGGGGUAAUACACGCAGGGCCCCUCCGGUAAAGAAGAAGACCAAGGCAAAGACAUCCAAGAAGGUCAAGGCGGAAGAUGAUUCCGAUCUCGAGUCGGGGUCGGAAUCAGGAAAGAAAGUCAACCGGUCAGGUGGUUUUCAUAAACCUCUCACCCUCUCACCGGCGCUUUCCGCUCUAUUGGGCGGCGAGGUUACUCUCUCGCGUCCACAAACGGUCAAGCGAGUUUGGCAAUACAUUCACGAGCACCAGCUUCAAGACCCUAGUGACAGGCGACAGAUUUGCUGCGACGACGCAAUGCGUGCCGUCUUCAAACAAGACCGUAUACACAUGUUUACAAUGACCAAGAUUUUGAGCCAAAACUUGUAUAGCCCCGACGAAUGACCUGUUGCCGUCUACUUUGAGCUUCAGUGGCCCCUGCCUUGAGGACCGGGAAGGCUGCGGCGGCUGUCACGCUGCACUUACGACUAUCUUAUUUCCACUCAUUGCACCGCAUAUGGAGACCUGGCGCUACAUUGCUUUUUUGCUUAUUCUCUCAUUGUUAUCUCAUAGUGUUUUACCCUUGGA